AUGGAGUGCUGAGGAAGCGAAUAAAGCGAGGCCAGGAAUAUCGGCGAGCGGCGAGGAGGGUCGGGAGAGAACCAUCGGCUCAGUCGGCGGCGCUGGAGGAGACGAGCUGCGAAGAACACGGCCGAAAGGAGCACGAAGCUUGCGGCUUGGUGGUCCAGGUGCACGGGAGCCGUGGGACAGAAGGAUUAUGGCUGAACAGCAGUUCUGCCUACGGUGGAACAACUUCCAGGCCAACAUUGUAUCAUCAUUUGAAGCUCUAUUAGACCGGGAAGAGUUUGUGGACGUAACGCUCACUGCUGAGGGGAAAUCGUUAAAGGCACACAGGGUAUUACUAUCAGCAUGCAGCCCAUAUUUCAGAGACUUGUUCAGGGAUCUCCCUGCUCACCAGCAUCCAGUCAUAGUUUUGCGUGAUACAAGUUUUUUAGAAUUAAAAUCCCUACUGAGCUUCAUAUACCAUGGAGAAGUUAAUGUUUCUCAAGAAAGACUGGGCCUCCUUCUCAAGACUGCUGAGGCUCUCAGAAUCAAAGGACUUGCUCAAGACAAGAGAACUAGUGAUAGUGAACAUUUUGGGAGCCUUAGCAGUAGUCCAGAGAAGGAACCAGAAGAGGGCCUUGAUAGAGGUGAACGUCGUGGAGGGGGUCCUGGCUCCCCUGCACUCAGUUUGGCGUUCUCUGGGAUAGGCGGGUCCGCACUGGCCCCCAUCAACCCUCUCGUUCCCCUGGAGCCACCAAGCCACAAGCCACCACAUCUGUUACAUUCACCACCAGCAAAGCGACGUAAACCCCUCCAUUCACCUAUUGGAGGACCCCCCAUUAUCACCCCACCCUCACAACGAGAGAAUAAUGUUCCGCAAGCACCACCCGUUACCUCCACUGCCUCACACGAAGAAGAUAACUCUGCAGGUAAAGUAAUCAACUUGACGAUGGGUGCAACAAACUCGGGAGGAGGUGGUGGUGGUUCACCAUCUCCCCGACUAGUACCCAAGACGGAAUUGAGCCUAUCUGAGGAAGACGGACCAGUAGUGAUCAUGAGGCAGAAGAGCCCCAUGAAGAAGACUCUGCUGACCAUGAUAUGUCAAAUACUUCAGCUCAAGACCUGCACAGCUUACCCCAACACCUCUCAGCAGCAGUACAAAACUUUAUGUGCUAAAUGA